GUAAAGCUUAAGAGGACAACAACUUUUCUCAUUUGUUUCAAAGAUGGGGAAAAUGGCCUCUCUAUUUGCCUCUCUUUUAGUUGUUUUAGUGUCACUGAGCUUAGCUUCUGAAAGCUCAGCAAAUUAUCAAUACUCAUCUCCACCACCACCUAAGAAAUCAUACCUCUACAAGUCUCCUCCUCCACCAGUGCAUGUCUAUCCAUCACCACCCCACCACCCUGUAUAUAAGUCUCCACCACCACCNGUCACCACCACCACACAAGAAGCCAUACUAUCCCCCACACACUCCAGUUUAUAAGUCGCCACCACCACCCAAAAAGCCAUACUAUCCUCCACACACUCCCGUUUACAAGUCACCACCACCACCAACUCCCGUUUACAAGUCACCACCACCACCAACUCCCGUUUACAAGUCACCACCACCACCCAAGAAGCCAUACUAUCCCCCACAUACCCCGGUUUAUAAGUCGCCACCACCACCAACUCCCGUUUACAAGUCACCACCACCACCCAAGAAGCCAUACUAUCCUCCAUAUACCCCAGUUUACAAGUCCCCGCCACCACCAACUCCAGUUUACAAGUCACCACCACCACCAAAGAAGCCAUACUAUCCUUCACCAACACCGUAUCAUCCUGCACCAGUUUAUAAGUCUCCUCCACCGCCAACUCCAGUCAACAAGUCUCCCCCACCACACCACCCCUAUGUUUACGCUUCUCCUCCUCCUCCCUACCAUUACUAAGAAGUGACAUCACAAAGUUGGAGGAAGCGCAGAAUGUUGAGCUAAAAGAAAGGCUUUUUCCAUUUUCGAGAGGUAAUGAGAAAAGAAGAAGAAGAAAAAAUGCGUAAAUAAUAAGCCUCCAUAGGAGGCGAACUUCUUUUGUAGCUUCAUGUUGUCUAAGCUAUUGAUAUUGUUUGUACCCUAUAUUUUAUAUUUUAUUUCUGUCUUUGUGUAUGUUUUGUUCAGUUUCGAUCUCGUUGCAAAAUGCAGAGAUUAUGAGAUGAAUAAAGUUAGUUAUAUUAUUAUA